GACUGAACUUUAUAAUGGGCUUGUUACUGGAGGCUUAGCGGCAUUCAGUGUUACGUUCUUACGGUUUGAGGUUCUGGAAAUCCUGAGAAAGACUCCACCACACUUAGUUAAACUGCUGAGAUGGCAGGAGUCAUGCUGUUUAUCCUAACAACUGUUUUGGCAGCACUGACUACAGUGUCAGGACAUUCUUAUCACCUGGGAAAUUGUCCGAAUGUCGAAUCACAGCAGAACUUCGAUAUGGAAAAGUUUCUGGGGAAGUGGUACGUGGUCCAGAAGACGUCAACAGGCAGUAAGUGCCUCACCGAAACAUAUGUCAAGUCCAACGAAACUGGGAAGUACGUGAUCCGACAAGUGAGCGAGCAUCUGAUCUUGGGACUCACGAGUCUCAACCAUGAGUACACGUAUGAGGGUGAGCUCACCGUGCCCGAAACCUCCGAUCCCGCCAGGAUGACGGUUCGAUUCCCUUUGAGUGUGGCUGGCAGCGCUUCCUACAUCGUGUUUAUGACAGAUUACGAGACCUACGCUGGAGUGUUCACUUGCCAGAAGUUGGGUUUCGCCCAUCGCCAGUCUGCCUCCAUCCUCUCACGGUCCCCCCGCCUGGACAAGAUAUACGUGGACAAGAUCCGAAAUCGUCUCAGAGAUUACGGCGUGGACCCAUAUGACCUGAGCCUCAUCGAGCACAGCUGCAACCCUCCGGAUGAAGACACACUAGACAUUAACAUCAACCCCACGACGUUCACCGCUGGCAGCGUCGCGGGUGUCGUGAGAAAGGCGGGUGAGAAACUGGGGGAUGGCAUUGAGGCAGCUGCUGACGGCGCCUCCAGCCUGUAUAACCGUUUCCAUGGUAGCAGCAACAGCAAUGCCAGUGUGAGGAGAGACCGCGAGGAGGUCACCAACGACCGCCACAACCCGAGGAACGACGCUGAAUGGCUGCGCUGAGCGGCUGUCGUAAACCAGAACUCAGCCUCAUUUGCUGGUGUAUAAGAUGCGCAUGAUUUCAGUGUUUACGUCACAAAUCUUUGAUGUGAAGGGGUAUUGUGGUGAUUUUUUUAAGACAAAUGCGUCUUAUACAAAGGCGAGUAGAGUCAUAUCCUCGAGAGUGGAGAAAUUUGAAACAACAUUUGAUACUAUAUGUUGAAACAGGUUUCUUGAUAUCCAUUUUAAGGAUUUCAAAUAAGACUUUGUUUCUAGAGUUAGUUUCAUACAGUUUUUUUAUCAUAUAUAAAACUACGUGUAAGGCGGUAGCCAUGGAUUAUCUGUCAGCACAGAAAGGAAAGCAAAGUUAUAUGUUCUGAUUAUAAUAUUACCAUCAAAUUACUUAGUAGGGAGAACCGAGGACACAAACCCGUCAGCAUGACGGAAAACCGAUUAGAGAACGUUAUAUCGGAUGAAUAUUUUGUAAUAUGCUACCAGAACUUGAGGAAUAAAUAUAUUUCUUGAAAGUACAGAGAAAAUACAAAUGUUCUAAACUUAAUUCGAACAAACUGAAGAAUAAAUAAUUUAAAUUAAACACACAUGUUUAAAUUUCGCUACAUCCUUUGACUCUCUGACCUUUUUUUUAACAGUAAAUAAGGAAUUUCUGUCAGGGCUAUCCUGUGACAACUAAUGAAAUGGUUUUUCAGGAAGAAGACAUGCAUAAAUCUAUAGGAAAUAUGCGGACUUCAUAAAAACGGGCAAAGCUGGUUGAAUGGGGCAUUCAGAUGAGCAGUACUUGUAUGUAUUAAUUAAGAAGAAGAGUAAAGAUCAACAUAGGCUACACCAAAGUGUGAUAAUUUGUCCACCUGGUAUUUCAACAUACCGAAAUUCUAUACACAUGUUUCAACAAACCGGGUGAAAUAGGGAACAAUGGAGGAAAUACGUUUAUGUGUAUCAUGUACGGUAUAAAUUAACAGUUUAAAAAAUGCCAAAAAGCAAGAGCUCUGAAAAGGAAUUGAAGCGAAAAUAUGAAAUUUAUAUCGUAUUAAUAGCUAGAUUAUUUAACAGAUACAUCAGAAUUAUUACUUUGGAUUCUUCAUAUGCAACAAAAAGUAUAAUUUAGUUAUAUAUAAAGGUACUUUUCUGUCAGACGGUUUUAAUAUUAAAUUAUAGUUUCUGCGUCUUCGUAAAA